AUGCCCAAUUACUCGACCAUCUCUGAUGGCCGCUCCGCCGACGCAUCGUCCGUGAGCUCCUCCAGCAUGGCCAGGCACAGAAGAGCCCGGGGCCCUCACCAGCGCAAUGGCGCCCACGGCGGCCAGGCCAGCAUGGUGAGCAGCAUCAUCAACCUGCUGAACACAAUCGUCGGCGCCGGCACUCUGGCUAUGCCCGCCGCCCUCUCACAUUUCGGUAUCGUCCUCGGCGUCAUUGUCGUUGUCUGGUCGGCCUUCACCUCCGCCUUCGGCCUUUACCUCCAAUCGCGAUGCGCACGCUACCUGGAUCGCGGCUCCUCGUCUUUCUUCGCCCUCUCCCAGCUGACCUACCCAAACGCUGCCGUCAUCUUUGACGCUGCCAUUGCCAUCAAGUGCUUCGGCGUCGGCGUCUCUUACAUGAUCAUCAUUGGUGACCUGAUGCCCGGUGUGGCAGUCGGCUUCGACAGCCGCGCUCAGCACGUGGCCUUCUUGAUGGACCGCAACUUUUGGAUCACCGCAUUCAUGCUGAUUAUUAUUCCGUUGUGCUUUUUGAAGAGACUCGACAGCUUGAAAUACACGAGUCUGGUUGCUCUGGUGUCCAUUGGCUACUUGAUCAUCUUGGUUGUCUAUCACUUUGCUGCCGACAAGGUCCCCGACCGGGCACCGGUGCGCAUUAUUACCUGGGACGGCCCGGUAUCUGCUCUGAGCAACCUACCAGUGGUAGUCUUUGCCUAUACAUGCCAUCAGAACAUGUUCUCUAUUUUGAACGAGAUCAAGGACAGCUCGCCAAAGAGCAUCCUGGGCGUGAUUGGCUCGAGCAUAGGCUCCGCCGCCAGCAUCUACGUCCUGGUUGCCAUCACUGGAUACUUGACGUUUGGUGAUGCCAUCAAGGGCAACAUCGUUUCCAUGUAUCCCCCUUCCAUUGCUUCCACUAUUGCAAAGGCCGCGAUUGUCAUCCUGGUUCUGUUUUCUAUCCCGCUUCAGGUCCAUCCCUGCCGCGCUUCUAUAGAUGCCGUCUUGAAAUGGCGCCCAAACGCCGUUUCCCGUGCUCAACAGAAUCGCUCCAACUCCCCUGGUGGACGCCCACUUCUUCCAUCUGUGCAAGCUAGAUCUGAUCAUGGCUCUACCGCACCCAUGUCAGAUCUGAGAUUUGCUCUGCUAUCAACUGUCAUUCUGGUGCUCAGCUAUGUCGUCGCUCUCACCGUCACCAGCUUGGAGCGAGUUCUGGCUUAUGUAGGGAGCACGGGCAGUACUAGCAUCAGCUUCAUCCUCCCUGGUCUGUUCUACUACAAGAUCUCGGAUCCUGAUUCUGUCCACCACCAGCGUCUUGCCAAGGGCGAUGACGAUGCCGAUGCAAACUCUCCCACGGCCUCGGAAGAUGAGGAUGAAGAGGAGGCGGGCGAGCACGUCUUGGCUGCCAGUGUCGGCAGCGUGAGAAGCGCUGCCAGUGGGAGGAGCGCGAGGAACAGCAACAGAGGCGCCUGGCGAUGGCGGCGCAGGUGGAGGUGGGACUUGGAGCACAUCAACCCGGCGUACCUCAGAAGGGCGUCGUUGGGACUGGCGGUUUACGGUUUCUGCGUGAUGGGUAUGUGUCUGGUGCUGAACAUGUUUGUCAGCGUGUCGCAUUGA